UACUGAUUAUGCGUUUACAAGAAGAAAAUCUGUUCAACAGAUAUAAGUAAAACUAACUCACUCCGAUUUUGCGCUUAAAAAGAAGAAAAUCUGUACACACAAGUAACUAAAAGAAGAUUGCAAAACCGAUUCUAAUGUUCUGAGUUGUUGAUGCUAAUCAUAUAGUAAAUGCCAAAGAUUCUUUGGGAGUUUUAAAAACACAUAUCUUUAUAGGUUAAGUUAGCCUUCUGUUUUGGUGGCUGUUACAUAUGCACUCUGUCAACUUUAGGAAAAUUUACAACCAAGAUUCAUUCCCUCUCUUUUCUUUACCUUUCUUUCUUUUCCUGCAAUGCCCUUUUUUUUUGGAUUCUGGACCUUUCUAUGCAUAUAUUAGAUCAUUACCUUCAAGUUUAUCAGCAGACAUUUGACUCUUCUUUUGUUAAAUUCUGUCAGAUAUAGAUACUUUAAAAGAAAAAAAGAAAGUUUCUUUAAUCAUAUCAUUUUGUGUGUAUUUGUGUGACACAUUUUUCUACUUUAGUUUGCAUGAUUCUCUUCAAGCUUGUGGAGUGAGUAUUAUCAGAACUUCUCUCCUCUGUUUGAAUGGAAAAGUUUGUCCUUCUCUUUGUUCUCUCUCUUCUUUUCUUGGCUCUUCCUUUAUUUCAUGGAGGAACAGCUGUAGCAACAAAAUCAAAGGAUGGAUUAGAGGAAUGGGGAUAUGUUCCAGUCAGACCCAAAGCACAUAUGUUCUGGUGGCUUUAUAGAAGUCCUAACAGAGUAGAGAAUCACUCCAAACCAUGGCCUACCAUUCUUUGGCUACAAGGAGGACCUGGUGGAUCAGGUGUUGGGAUAGGAAAUUUUGAGGAGAUUGGUCCACUGGAUAGUGAUUUGGAGCCAAGAAAUUCAACAUGGCUUCAAGUAGCUGAUCUUUUGUUUGUGGACAAUCCAGUUGGAACAGGAUACAGUUUUGUGGAGGACAUAAAUCUGUUGGUGAAAACUGAUGAGGAGGCAGCUACUGAUUUAACUACAUUGUUGCAGAAGAUUUUUAAUGGAAAUAAGAGCCCUUUGUACAUAGUAGCAGAGUCUUAUGGAGGGAAAUUUGCUGUCACUCUUGCAUUAUCAAUUCUAAAAGCUAUUGAAGCAGGAAAAUUGAAGCUUAAACUUGGAGGAGUGGCAUUGGGUGAUAGUUGGAUCUCCCCUGAAGAUUUUGUGCUGUCAUGGGGUCCUCUUCUGAAGGAUGUGUCACGGCUUGAUACUAAUGGUCUAAAAAUUGCAAACAGUAUAGCUCAGAAGAUUAAGCAGCAAAGUAGAGCUGGUCUCUAUAUCAAUGCAACAACUUCUUGGAGUGUACUUGAAGAUGUUAUUUCCAUUAGAAGCAGCAAUGUGGAUUUCUAUAAUUUUCUUUUGGACUCAGGAAUGGAUUCUGCGUCCUCCUUGACAAAUUCAAAAACAGCAACAUUUAUAACUAAAAACAGAACUGCAAUGAAAAGAUAUUCUAGUUAUCUAAAUUCUUUGAGGUCUAUUCCUGGUGGUGAUGGUGAGAAGGAUAAUUUCAUGGAUGUUAUAAUUAGAAAGAAGCUCAAGAUUAUCCCUAAUAGUAUCUUAUGGGGAGCGCAGGCAGAUAAAGUUUUUGAAGCAAUGUCAGGUGAUUUUAUGAAACCAAGGAUUAAUGAGGUUGAUGAACUUCUUUCUAAAGGGGUGAAUGUGACUGUAUAUAAUGGGCAGCUUGAUCUUAUUUGUUCAACGAAGGGGGCAGAAGCAUGGGUUGAGAAACUCAAGUGGAAAGGGGUAUCUAAUUUUUUGAGCAAAGACAGAACUCCAUUGUAUUGUAGUCAAGAUAAACAUACAAAAGGGUUUACCAAGUCAUAUCAGAAUCUGCACUUCUAUUGGAUUCUUGGGGCUGGCCACUUUGUACCAGUAGAUCAGCCCUGUAUUUCAUUAAAGAUGGUGGGUGCCAUAACACAAUCACCAGCAAGCACUUAGCUAGAAAUGAUGACCACAGUAUCCACAAAUGCAGAAGGGAAUAUAUCCUGUUUCAAAGAAAAUAUAUAAAAUGCCCUCCUUCUUCAAUUACUCAUCUUUAGGUUCUUUGAAAAUUGUCUUUGUUAAUAUUCAGUUCAUGAUCUCAAUUUUCUCCAAAUUCCAAGUAUAUACAUUCAAUAAAUAGAUAAAUAAAUAAUACAUAUUUCUAGUGA